AUGGCAGUUCAGUGUGACCCGCAUUCUAUAUUUUUCGGAAUGAUGGGCGUAGUAUGCGCCAUGGUUUUUUCAAAUUUGGGAGCCGCAUAUGGUACCGCAAGAAGUGGAGUUGGUAUAAGCAGCAUGGGUGUGAUGCGCCCUGAUCUCGUCAUGAAGUCGAUCAUCCCCGUUAUUAUGGCCGGUGUUCUCGGAAUCUACGGUCUCAUCAUUUCAAUCGUUAUCACAGGAAACUAUGGAGAACCCGGAGAGUAUUCACACUUCUUGGGAUAUUCUCAUUUGGCGGCUGGACUAGUCGUCGGUCUCUGUAGUCUUGCUGCCGGGUUGGCUAUUGGUAUAGUUGGAGAUGCAGGAGUUCGUGCACAUGCACAACAGACCAGGCUGUUUGUCGGUAUGGUUUUGACUCUAGUGUUUGCCGAAACUCUCGCACUCUACGGACUCAUUAUUGGACUCGUCGUCGCCAUGAAGGCCCCCAAAGGACUCUGUACUUCAUUCCUCAAAUAA